UCGGGAAUGUGCUGCUGCUGCAAACCUCAGAAGCCAUUUUGAGAUGAAGUCCCUGUUGAGAAAAGCCAUGAAGAUGCUGAAAACAACGAGCAUGGUUACAUUUCUGUCUGUUUCUCCCUCCGUCUCCUCCUCCUAUUUCACCUUGGCAGCUGUCAACCGACCGGGACAUUAUAAGCAAAGCGGGGUAAUCAAGCUGCGCUCACAGCAGGGUUAAAACGUCAUUGAGUCUUGUUUACUGUCUCUCUUGUCCAGACAUGUAACACCGUGAGUUUUUCUCCAGUCUGAAAUCUUCCAGCAUCUCUCACACAACGCAACACAACGUCUCCUUGAGUGACUGUGUCAAUUCACUCUUUGUACCGGAGAGAAAAAGGAGGCUUUCCAAUGGCUUCUGUGAGCCUUGUUUCCAGUCCCCCUGCCCCUGUUCUUGACAAAAACAUGACAGACUCUGAGCUUGCAGGGGAUGAAAGGGAGGACGGCGAGCUGGAAGAUGGAGAAAUAGACGACGAAGGGAUCGGGAUCGAAGAGGAAAACAAAGAGGCGACGGAGGCGACCGAGGACAAAGAGAAGGAGAAGGAGAAAGAGAAGACCAAAGAGAAAGAGGAGAAGACGCACAGGCACUCGAGGAAACGAUACAAGAAGACGAGAGAGAAGAGGAGGUCUAAGAGGAGGAGGCGUGACAGACAGAAACAUCACUCCCCCUCCAGCAGCUCCAGCUCCGACAGCUACGACUCCGACUACGACCGACAGGAAAGGCCCAAAACCAGGAAGAGCCAGGGAUCAAACCGCGAGUCCGACGGCCAGUCCUCUCAGCACGGCCGGGAUUCAAAGGGAGCACACGGCAAGUCGCCGCCGCCGCCGCACAAGAGCAGCGAUUUCGACAAAUACAGCGACUACAGCGACGACAAGUACGACUACGACGAGGAGGAGGAAGAGUACGAGGACGACAUGUCGGAGUACCCGAUGUCGAAAGAGUCCCAGAAUCAGGGAAGGGGACGCCACGGCAGAGAGCAGAUGAAGAGAGGAAACAUGAGGGGGAUGAAGCAGCAGCAGUUCGGGCAGAGGGGGAGGGGCAGAGGGAGCGGACCGGGAAGAGGACGAGGGAUGCUCAACAAGAACAAGAAGCUGAAGGGGAAACCCUGGGGAGGACGAGGACGAGGUCGGGGAGGAGACCAGGGCAUGGAGGACAUGCCUCCGGAGGGAAAAAACUCUUCCGGCUUCCAGAAGAAGCGGCCAAUCAUGAGCAAGGAGUUCAUCAACCAGCACACAGUCGAACACAACGGGAGAUACAUCUGCAAGUAUUUCCUGGAGGGCCGAUGCAUCAAGGGGGAGCAGUGCAAGUUCGAACACGAGCUCGUCAUACCAGACAAGAAAAGGGAGCUGUGUAAAUUUUAUCUCCAAGGUUACUGCAGCAAAGGAGAUAACUGCAUUUACAUGCACAAUGAAUACCCGUGCAAGUUCUUUCACACCGGAGCCAAAUGUUAUCAAGGAGACAACUGCAAGUUCUCCCACUCGGCUUUGAAUGACGUCACCAAAGAGCUGCUUGAUAAGAUAAUUAACACCGAGGAGGAGAACGCGCGGGAGGACGAGUUGGAGCUGGAGGAUCUGAGAAAGCAGGGCAUCGCCCCGCUUCCCAAGCCGCCUCCCGGGGUGGGUUUGCUGCCGACCCCCGGUCAGAGCAGCCCCACAGACGGAGGAGCCUCGGGCCAGGCGGGGAAGAAGAUCCCCUCUCUGUUUGAAAUCAAAGUUCAACCCACUGUAGACCUGGCGCAGAAAAUUGCUCUGAGCGGAUCCAACUUCUCCCAGAAUGAAGGCGAAGGCGGCGACGAGUUUAGCGGAGGCUCAGAGGAAACCCCGAGCGGAGGUAAUGUGCCUUCGGCCACCUUUCCGUCUUCUGUCCCUCCCCCUGGGUCACCCGGUCCCAUGGGUCACCCCACAGGACCCGCCAUGCCCCAGAGCCCUCCCGGACCGCCCCCACCACCACACGGAUUUACAAUGCCGCCGCCGCCGAUCCUCCCCUCUGGUCCGCCCCCGCCCUUCAGACCCAACAUGCAGAGGCCCCCGUUCCCUCCUCCCGAUCUACAGAUGCUGCAAAGUCUCUUCCCUUUCCCAUCCAUGGGGCAGAACCCGGCAGACAUCUUUGGAAGUUUUCUCCAAAACCAGAAUAUGGGUCAACAAGGAGACCCGGCGAUGGCCUUCAUGCAGAACCUCCAGCAGCAGAUGGGUGCAGAGUCACAGUUGCAGUCUCUACCACCAGCAGUACAGAAAGCCAUCUUUUUACACCUGACGCAGCAGCAGCAGCAGACAGAGAUGAAUCCACAGGGGACAGAAACACUGAGAGCAGAGGGCCAGGACGAUAACAGUGCAGGCAGAGAUGAAACAACAAACUGGUACUCCAGUGACGAGGAAGACGGGAGCUGCGUUUCUUCCAUCCUUAAAACUCUCAAGAAGCAGAAUGAGAUGCAUCAGGCUCAGUCCAAGUCCCCCCAGGCCGCUCCGCUGGCUCCAGCUCUCGGUGACCCUCGGACUGUGAAGGAGAGGGGCCCUCCUAGUGAUCCCCGAACGAAGACGGACCCACGACAGCGCCCCCCAGAUAUGAAAAAGGAGUCGGAUGGAGCUGCGGACCCUCGGCUCUCCAGAGACCCCCGGAAGAUGAGGCAGAUGGAGCCGAGCUCCUACCGCCAGCCGGCUCCUAGGAAGCGUUCUGCGGGAGACGAGGACGAGGAGGGGGAGAGGGAGCUCAGGGAAAAAGCUGUUCUCAUCCCGCUCGACGCCGGCCCCAACGCGGUGCUGCGGGACCCCCGGUGCCAGCUGAAGCAGUUCAGCCACAUCCGGGUGGACAUCCUCCUGCAGCGGCCGGCCUUCGCUCAGGCGGUCAUCUGGGCCCCUGAAGAUCUCAUCCCCUCUUUGGUGCCCAAACAGGAACACUCCAUCAACCUGCCCCUCCCUCCCCUGAUCGCGGACGCUCAGAUGAACCGAGCGAGCCUGCCCGAUCACCCACCGGUCUCCAGCCCCCCGCCCACCGACCCCCGACUGGCCGCCGCACGUCUGAAGGAACGCAUGAGUCGACUAUCCUCUGGAUCUCUAGAAGCCAGAUCGUCCGCUGAAAGACCUGCAGAUCCGCGUCAGCAGAAGACCUUAGACCCCAGACUCAAGCGCACGGGGAGUCUGGAUUCAAAGCUGAUUGGUCAGAAAGAGCCGAGCGCAGGAGGAGGAGGAGGAGGAGGAGUUGUCGACCCGAGGCUACAAAAGGUGAAGGCUAGCUCCUCGUCUCAUGCCGCUCGAGCCAAACAAGAGCCCGAGAGGCUGCCGCCGUACGCCCCUCGCCUCGCCUCCUCCUCCGGUGGCGGGCUGGAGAGUCCCACCACCAUCCUGGGGGGCAUCAGUCUGUACGAUCCUCGAAACCAAAGCGAGCAGCAGAAGGAGCAAGCGGAGCCUCCUAAAAAGGUGGGGAUUCUGAAACUCCCAGAAAAGAAAGACCACAACCCGCCACAGUCCCUCUCGCCGACGCAAAGGAGCGACUCUUUGGAAGACGCCAAGAGCACAGACGGCGCCUCGGAUCGGACCAACUCCCCUCCCCCGCCCCCGGCCUCGCCCGUCAAACCCCCCGCGGUUCAUAACCUCCCGAUCCAAGCUCUGGCCGGGCUGAUCCGACCCCAGUACACCGACCCCAGGCAGGCCAAACAAGGAGGGCAAGGCUCUGCGGCACAGGAGGAGGCGGAGGAGAAGAAGAAGGAGGAGAAGAAGAAGGAGGAGAAGAAGAAGGAGGAGAAGAAGAAGGAGGAGGAGAAGAAGGUGGAGGAGAAGAAGGUGGAGGAGGAGAAGAAGAAGAAGGAGGAGAAAGAGGAGGAUGAGGAGGAGAAAAAAGAGGAGAAGAAGAAGGUGGAGGAGGACAAAGACAAGGAGGAGAAAAAGGAGGAGGGGGAGGAGGAAGCAAAACAAGGCGAUCCAGAGGAGGACGCAGACGACCGGACUCUCAAAGACGUGUUCAAGACUUUUGAUCCCACUGCCUCCCCUUUCUGUCAGUGAACACUUUUAAUCUUUAUAUCACAUAUUUAUUUCUGUAUAAAAAAUGCUCCUGUAUAGAAUCACAUUAUACUGUGCUCCACACAUGUGUGAGCACGGAGAUGAUGUUGGUGCACAGAUGAAACCUUUGAAUCAUAUUAAGUGUGUUCUGAAGGUGUGUAUGUUCAGGUCUUUUAUCAUCGUGUUGUUGUUUUUCUUGUGUGUUCUGAACAAUCAGAGACUAAAGACCUUGUAUAGUUUUCACUAAGGACUGAGCUGUAUGUUGUUUACUGAACUCUUGAUCACAGCCUGUGGAGUAUAGAUCCAUUUUAAUCUCUAGCUUUCACUCUUUUUUUUUUUUUUAUAGAGAGACGACGCAAACGAAUCGACGAAAGCAGCGAGUGACCUUGAACUUUUUGUAUUUUCUUAUUUAUUUAAAGGCACUUAUUUUAAGAUCUGUGUGUUUCUGCUCACUUUUUACGAUAAGGGAGUUUUCACAGAUGUUUUCUAGAACGUUUUACAUUUUGUUAUUUUUCACAACAUAUCCUGAUAUGAGUCUGUAUUCACAUCCAAGCAAAAUGCAAACAGGUGUAUGACAUAAAAAAAUGGUUUUAACUGAAGAAAAAUGAGAAAGGUCUGCACACAGUUCAGCUCCCAAUGAGCGACAUUAAUUUAAACAGGUCAACUGUUUAUUUUCUGCUCCAUGUGGUAUCUGUCUCCCUCUUGUGGUUGCUGUACUCAUGGCCUUUUUUUUUGGUUCAACAGGUGAUAAUGAUAGUUCAUUGAUUGCCUAACUUUAGAAAAGAUCAGGGGCGUGGCCCCUGAUCUUUUCUUUUCUGGGGUGGCCCACUGACUUUUGCAGGGGUGGCAUGAGCUUUGUGAGCACUGAAUUUUUUUUUUUUUAAACUUUUCUAUCCCCUCUAAUGAUCUGAACUUACAAUCAACCCAAUUGUACCACAUAUAAAUCUUCCUAGCUUGAUUCUUUAGGGACUGAAAAACAAAGAUGUGCAACCUCGUGCACGCUGUCUAACUUGCAAAAAUACAUUUGUUAGCAAGUAUGUCUACUACAAGUUAGACAGCGUGCACGAGGGUUCGCUUGGACAUUUGACAGGGGAAAACCAAAUAAUGCAAAAUAUGCAUAAAAAGUACUUGCACCUUUUUUUUUUUUUUUUACUAUUAUUAUCACUUAAGAAAAACCAAAUUUCUGAAACCACCUGUGUUAGCCUGUGGUCCUGCCUCUGAUUAGGCAAAUAGUCAAUCAUAGUUUUGGAGUUUGGGGUGGCCAAUCAAAUCAGAAUCAGGAUCAGAAAUACCUUUAUUAAUCCCAGGGUGAAAAUUGUUAAAUGUCAAGGGGGACCCAUGCCACCCCUGGCAACCCCUCUGGAUACGCCCCUGGUAAAGACUACAGUAUGUGUCUCCUGCCACAUUUGCCCGAGGAAGAUCCUUUAGAUCCAAACGUUGAGCUGAACAGUGCGUCGACCUCUGACAUAACCAUGAACAUUGCAGAUGAUUUUUAAAAAUGAUUUGCUGAAAAACUCACAGAGAAGUGAUUGCUUUCUAUUUGCUUUAGUAGCAGGUUCCUUUAAUUGAAGCAUAAGUUAAAACAGCUUGCAGAAACGGUUGCAUGUCUCCCUUUUAAUCCGAGAAGACAUUUCUGAUUUGGAAACGUCAAAUAUUCAAUUUAUAUUUAGUACAAUGUUUGUUUUUUUUCCUGUUUUAGUGGCCUAAAUGUUUAAGGAUAUAACCUUACAUUUGAAGGCUUUUUUUUUUUGGGACUUGUUAAUCAACCCGUAAAACCUUCUAAUGGAGUGGAUUAUUUUUGGUUAUUUUGAUGUGAUUUGAGACCGCCAUGCCUCAAAACAGUCUCUACUUCAAAGCUUGUAAAUGGCGAGCAAAGUGUUAUUUUACUGGUUUUACUAGCAGAGUAUGAAAACAAAGAAAGAAAAAUAGUGUACUAUACAGAAAGAUAAAAUACUGUCUUGAUUACAUUGCAGAUAUAUCUGACACAUAAAUGAUCUAAUGUCUAUUUUAAUGUUGAAUUUUGUUGGAUUUGACUGUAAAUACGUUUAAAUUGGUUAAUGUGUCCCUAACAUGGUUCAGGGGGGCGUCAUGAUAGGCGGGAUGUUUUCAACAGUUGUGCAUCUAUCCUCAUUUUACUGAAACUAAGCUAUCUUUUUUUAUUGUUUUGAAAAUUCACACUGUAAAUUCAUCUUUUGUAUCACCUGUACAGACUGUUUGAGUGUUUUAAUAUGUAACGUUUGGUUUGUUUUUUCUGUCAGUAAGGUGAUUAUGGUUAUAAAACUUGUAUGACAUUUUAACGACACAUGCCCGUCACACUUCAGUGAUUUUAUCAUUGAUACCUGAAAUAAACAGAACACAAAGUUUAUUUGUUUCAGAA